AUGAGCGAAAUCAUAUUAGACAUACUUAACCAUAGAGAUUAUAAUUUCCUAGGAUAUAUUAACAAAGGCGGAUUUGGUUGCUGUUACUUAGUUAGAUCUCUUAAAUAUAACAUGAACUUCGUUUGCAAAGUUGUUCCGGACGAUGAUUACGAUAAAUCCUUCCUUAUGUCAUAUAAGAGGGAGGUUGAGGCUUUAACUAAAUUCAACCACCCUAAUAUUGUUUGCGUGUACGAUGUUUUCAAUUCAAAUAAUUUCUUAUUUAUCAUAUUAGAGUACUGCAAUGGCGGAAGCCUCCAGGAUUUUAUUGAAAAGUAUCCGAAUGGAGUCAAUUACGAAAAAUGCAAGCAAUACGCUAACCAAAUCGUAGAUGCUCUUUCCUACAUGCAUAAUUUAGGUUAUGCACACUGCGAGAUCAAACCAUCAAAUAUUCUUAUUGAUGAAUUCGGAAGAGUUAAAUUAGCUGACUUUGGACUUUCCCAUAUCGAUGAUUUCAAAAACAAAAGUACUGUCGGUCCAUGCGGCGGUUCUCUUUGUUUUAUGUCACCAGAAAUAUUAUUAAAUAAGUCCAAUGAUCCAUUUAAAUCUGAUAUAUGGGUUCUCGGUGUAACAAUUUAUUAUCUUGCAAGUUCAAAGAUUCCAUUCAAAGGGAAGAACUUAAAUGCAAUAUUACGAGAAAUAGAAUUCGGCCCACAAAUGAUUAAUGAUAUUCCUGAAGAUUUAUGGACUUUUAUUGAAAAUUGUUUGAAAAUAGAACCUACAGAGAUACCCUCAUCCCAGCAGCUUAAGAGUACAUGUUUGGUGAAACCCAAUUCGCAACUUUCUGUUACGGCUGGUCAUUUUCGCCAAAGACACUUCUCAAUCCUUUCAAAGCAACCUGUUAUACUUGUGCCGUUUAAGAUUAAGCGCACAUCUAAUUCUAGUGUUUAUUAA